ACUGCGGUUUGUGUACAUCAUCAGGGAGACACGAGCCGUCGGAGCCAUCGGCCGCCGCCUUUUCGACCCUUCCUCCCCUCUCCUCCGUGAGUCGAAGUCCAGAUUCUGGUGGUGAAAGUUUUGGGUCAGCCAUGAAGAGAAUGAGUUCUACAUUGCUGUGCUGACAGAAGAUGCAGUAAAAGAGACUUUUGUGGGCAUUUCCACAGGUGCUCUGCAUCUUGGUCACCAACAGCAAACCCUUGACCGACCUCUGUGUGUGGUUUGGAAUAUCACUGGUUCUGCUGGACUGCAGCCAUCCAAGUAAAAUAUUUUGGUGGAAGAUACAGUUCUGAUUUUUCUCCCUUUUUUAUGUGAAAAAUCCAAAAUGAAUCCUUAAGCUGCUGUGAUUUUGAGCCAGUUGGACACAGGAAAAAAUAUAUAUAAUUGAAUAUCGGACCUAAAAGCAACACCAGCAACAAUGUUGCCCAUAACAAUUGAUGUGGAGGAGACCAAGCUCCAUGCACCAGUAAGCAGAACUAAAGUGAAGGAUCUCGUUGGCAACUUGUUCAGACUAAUCCUGUCAGACUCAGAUGCUCGUAAUCUCUUCUUUUUCCUCCUGCUGAACUUAACCUUUGCCUUCGUGGAGCUUGGCUAUGGUAUCUGGACCAACAGUCUGGGGCUCAUUUCAGAUGCCUUCCACAUGUUCUUUGACUGCUCAGGACUCUUAGUCGGCCUGGCAGCAAAGGUGAUCACCAAAUGGAGAGCAACAGACAAGUUCACCUAUGGAUAUGUAAGAGCAGAAAUUCUUGGUGGGUUUAUGAAUGGGCUCUUACUCCUGUUUGUCUCCUUCUUCAUCCUGGCAGAGUCGGUCGAGCGGCUCAUAGAACCACCUGAGGUCAAGCACGAGCGCCUCUUUGUUGUUUCUGUCCUUGGUCUCCUUGUAAACCUUGUUGGAAUUUUUGCAUUCCAGCAUGGUGGUCACGGACACAGUCAUGGUGGUGGCGGCCAUGGGCACAGUCAUGGAGGGGGUGGACAUGGGCACAGCCAUGAUCAUGGACAUGGGCAUGGACAUGGGCAUGCGCACAAUGGUCAUGCAUCCCAUGGACACUCUCAUGGAGGUGGGGGAGGUGGCUCACAGAUCAUGCAGGGGGUCUACCUUCACAUCUUGGCAGACACUCUGGGUUCUGUUGGGGUCAUUGUUUCCACCAUUCUCAUGCACAUGUUUGGCUGGAUGAUUGCUGACCCCAUCUGUUCCAUGUUCAUUGCCGUUCUUAUCUUCAUGAGUGUGUUAGGACUGUUACGGAACUCAAUAGAGAUUCUAAUGCAGAGAUCGCCGCGUGAAUUAGACGGAAUGUUGUCAGGCUGCUUCUACAAGAUCAGUGCUCUGCCAGGUGUGUUCAGUGUGCAAGAGCCACACUUCUGGACGUUAUGCACUGGACAGUACGUUGGAAAUAUUAAACUCGAAGUGUCUGCUGCUGCCGACCCAAGAUAUGUACUCCAGCAGUCAAGGGCAAUCUUUAAUGCAGUAGGUGUAACACAGUUAUAUAUUCAGUUAGACUACACCACUAUGUAGCACUUUUAGAUUGUUAAUCGAUAUAUAAUUAAUUGUUUGUGGUACAGUCUUUUGGAGUAAGGCCGUUUAAACAUUUACUUAAGAAGACUGGGAAUGUUUGUGGUCGCAAAGCUAUUCUCAUGAUAACAUUUACCUUGUACAGUACAUAAUAAUCAAAUAUCAUGGUCACUCAUUUGUUUGAAUUUUCAGUACAUUUGUAAGUUGCUCCCUUUUUGAUUUCUUUAGUCAUUAUGAAAUUGAUUCAGAUGGAAAUAAUCUCGAGAGAGAAGACCCAAGUUUAGGAUUCAGAAAGCCAUACAUAAUUGGGCAUUAAAUAGUUUGUCAAAACUGACUCAUCAGACCAUAAUUUUAUCCUUUUUUAGACUUGGGUGCUCAUAUUGAUUGUAAUGCAGUUCAUUUAGGCAGUGCACCUUGGCAUUGAAUAUCCUCUGUACAUUUACCGUAAGGCUUCUAAAGCAUUUUUUUACCACAUCCAUUAUUUUUUUCCCCCAAGAUACAUUAGAAUCUCAUUGUAAAAGGAAUCUUCUAACACUGGAGUGACCGCUCGAAUUCUGAUAAAAGAGCCUGGAUCAUAGUGGUAUAGUUUUCUUUUCAGGAGAAAAUUGAGUGUAAAAGAGUUCAGUUUUGUGUCAGUUUGCAUAGUUUGAAAAAUCAGGGAGCACUUGUAUGAUGAAACUGUUUGAAAAAUAUUUUAUAUUUAUUUGUGUGAAGUAGACUGAGUUUUAGGUGUAUAAGUUCCAUUGUUCUUGUUUAUUCUGUGCUCAUCUCUCAUUUUUUUCAUUUCCUUUGGAAGUACCAAGAUGAAACAAGGUGUCUACAAAGUCCUCAUUCAGUUCAGAUAUACGAGCACAAAAAUGUUGGUGUCCUGUCUUGGUGCAUACCUGUUGGAGUGGGGAUUUAUGAGGGUGUUUAAGUAAGAAAAUGUUGUGGUUUUGUAUAAUGGGAAUACAAGAAAUAGAGAUGCAUAAAAUAAUGUGGUGAUGGGGGUAUUGAUAUGACAGUAGCAUAAUAGGAAAUUAAUGUCAAAGCAAAGUGCCAAGCAACACAGAAAAGGAAGUGCUUUUGUGAUAGUCUGUGUACUUAUCUUGCAAGUAUAGCACUGUAGAUCACAGCUGUUUAGGAAAUAUUCCAAUAUUCAGUUGCAAGUUUUAAACAUGAUCACAUAAAAUAGCUAGUAAAAUAAAGGUAACCACUUUGUUAAUGUAAAAGUAACUUAUUUCAGUGAAAACAGUUAGAUAAUACUGUUUCCAACAUAAGAUGUUUAAAAGAGAGUGAGAUAGUGUGUUUAUUCUAUAGAUUUCAAGGCUCAGGUUAAAAGUGAAUUUGCAAAAGAAUAAACAGUGUGGUUCAAGUGUAUUUGAGGAAAAAUAAGAAGCAACUUAUGGAAAUGUAUGGAUGUGAUUUCUAAAGAAUUUACAGUAAGGGUGUUUCAAAGAUUAUUUAAAUUAACAGCUGAAGACCAAAUCCUUUUAACAGUAAUGCUGACGUUUGAGAGAAAAUGGACAAUGGCAAUUUAUUUCAGGAAACGGACAUUUACGAUGGUUCUCAAGUUGUGUAUAUUCAUUCUGAGGUUGACUACCAGUGCAAAGAAAGCUGUAACAUUAAUAUUGUACAUAAGAUCCUGGUGCAAGAAGAUUAUUUUUGUACAUGAACAUCCUGAUAAAAUAAAGCUUUACCAAGAGUAGAGUUUAAAUGUACUUGCCGUUCUUGAAUAUAGUCUCUCUAUGAUUAAUUAUGAUACAUGGUUAAGAUUUAGUUCCUUCAAGUGUCUAUUUAUUAUUCAAUAUGAAUGUUGUUAAAAAGUUGUCUUUGUAGUUUUGGAUUUUGCUCAUUGCUUGUUAUGUCCAAAUUUUUGAUUGAAGACAAGGAUAGGGUAUCUAUGCUAGUGUGAAUGGAUAAUAAAGUUAAUAUGCUUUUUUAUAGAUAUUAAUAAGCCUGCCAAAUCCCCAGCUGCCCAUUGUCUCUGUCUCUGUCUCCCUCUCCCUCUCUCACCCCCUUUCCUUUUCCCUCUCCCUUCCCACUCUUGUAUUUCAGGGCAGUGCAAUGUGAUAUAGUGACACUGUAGACAUGCGAUCUCUGUAGGUUAAAAUGAAAAGGAUUGAGUGAUGGAAUGCUAAAGAAAGCAUAACAUGAGCAAGAGUGAGUUGAGAAAAAUGUUGAGUGUGAGAGACAACCUUCCUUCCUGCCUUUAUUUAACAUUCUUUGCAUUUAUAAAUGUUGCAUGUGUUGUACUUUGAUAACUGUUAAAACACUUUUUCUAAUUUAAUUUUUUUUUUUUUCAACUUUAUGGACUUUAUGUUGACUAUAUAAAGAAGUGUGUAUUGAGGUAAAAUUAAGAGCAGAGAUAACAGCCAUUGAUAAAAGUCUGGAAAUUUUUGUGGAAAUGCCAGAAUCCAGUGGUCAUAUUCAUCACCAUUUGGGCAAGGGUAGCAGCGAAUUGGCUACAGUCAUGUAGAGUUGCUAUACUAAAAAGGAAUGUAAAAUUGUUAUACGAAGUCUUUACUUUGCAUGGUUAACAUACAUUUAUUUUAUGGCAAAUACACGGGGAAAACUUUUCUAUUUUUGUAUUCCAUUUUAAUAAAUGACAGAAUUGCAGGCAAGAGAAAUGUAGCAUGGGGUUUGAGAGGUAAUAGGAUUUUUAUUGUCUGCAAUUGAAACUGUGAUAAAGUCCUUCCAAAGUAAUUGGCAUCCAGACUUUGAUUAUUGGGAUACUGUGAAUGAUAAAUGUAUUUUAUGUAUAUAAUAUAUAUAUAUAUAUAUAUCAAAGAAUAUAGACAGACACAAACUAAACUUUUGUAUUCAUCCUCCUGUGCUACAGAAGGUCUCAGAAAACCAUCAGAAAUAUUGUAAAAACCUUCUGUCCUGUAGUGAGAUGUACACAUUGAAAGGAAGAACCAUUAAAAGUUAUGCGCCACCAGAUGUCUUCCGCUAUUCAAUUUGGUUUAGUGAGGGGAUCUGCUUUUGUGAAGUACCUUAGUAAAAGUGGAUUUUAUUUGUGAGGAUGUGACUAUUGAUUUCAAGUUUUCUGUUUGUAUUUAGAUAUUUUUAGAGAAUCUGCUGUUGAUUUUUUAUUGUGUAUUUUGUUACAUUCCUUUUGUAUAGGUGAUGGACCAGAAAGUAUAUUAAAGAUAUGAUAUUUU